GUAAAACAAUACUCCCAGACUGUUCAAUUGCACUGUUUACAUCAGGAACAUAUUUCAGUACUUCUUCCAGCCCUACUGAACCCCAUAGGCUUUGAGGCUGCAACAGCGACACCCUGUGGUAAAACGUAUAUCUGCACCUCUUCACCUCGACGAGGUCAUGGGCAGUACAGCGCCACCCUGUGAGUCUGGUUGGUAAAAUCAGUCUGUGUGCAUUACAUUAUUAAAAAAUAUAACUAGCAUGUUGGACCCGCAUAGUGAUUGACAGUCAGUGUACUCAUUACCUGCUGUUUUAUUGCCUGACUGUCCCUGGGUGAAUGACAGUGUUAGCCGGGUCCAGCUGCACCAGACACACGGUCAGAGAGAGUCCGCACAUCACUGGCUGCUUUCGCCUCUUCAGCUAAGCCAUUCAAAGCGAGGAAACUGUGUGACCGCAGGGGGGGUGGGAUGUAGCAGCAUAAAUGCCUCCCAGCUAACGGGCCUCUUGUUUCAGCUUCUUGUUAACGUUUCUUACGCUUCGGGGAAUUCAAGGGCCAUGGAUUUCCCAGGUCACUUUGAUCAGAUCUUCCAGCAGCUCAACUACCAGCGUGUCCACGGUCAGCUGUGUGACUGUGUCAUCGUGGUGGGCAGCAGACACUUCAAGGCCCACCGCUCUGUGCUGGCAGCCUGCAGCACCCACUUCAGAGCCCUGUUUACAGUGGCAGAGGGAGAUGCAAGCAUGAACAUGAUCCAGCUGGACAGCGAGGUGGUGACAGCUGAAGCUUUCGCUGCUCUGGUGGACAUGAUGUACACCUCAACGCUGAUGUUAGGGGAGAGCAACGUCAUGGAUAUCCUGCUUGCAGCCUCACAUCUGCACCUCAACAAUGUAGUAAAGGCCUGCAAACACUACCUGACCACACGUACUCUGCCCAUGUCCCCCACAUCUGACAGACUUGCCCAUCACCACCCUCAGCAGGAGCAGCAGAGGCACAGGCAGCAGCAGCAGCAGCAGGUAGCAGAUUUAGCAGCUAAUGCUAACCUUGCAAACGCUGCCACGUCAAAGUUGCAGCGCUCUUUCCUCCUGCAGCAGCUUGGGCUGAGCUUAGUAAGCUCUGCUUUGGGUGGGAUGGAAGAGGACGGAGUUGGAAAUGGAGUUGGCAGUAGAGUGGUUGAUCAGAGGGCCUCCUUCCCUAUCCGACGCUUCCACAAACGCAAGCCCUCCAUGGCCCUGGGCCUGUCAGAGGAGAGACCCAGGCAGAGGCAGCGUCCCUCUGCGCCUAACCUGGGGUUGUUAGGAGCAGAAGCUAUGAACACAGAGCGAGAAGACGGAGGACUUCUCUCCCCGGACUCCCACAAGAUGGGGGACGAAUCAAAAUUGGAUGGGGCAAUGACUGGCCUAGUAGGGGUGUCCCAAGAUGAUCCACAAAUGCCCAGCCAGUCGGACAGUGGACAUUGUGAGGGGGAGGGGAAAAUGCAGGGAGGGGUAAGGAAGGAGGAGGACAUGGAAGACCAGGAGCAUCAGAACAACCGAGCAGGGGUGAAGAUCAAAUCAGGGACCGAGGAGGAGGAGGAAGCAGAAGAAAGGGAACAGAAGGUGCUGGUAAAACAGGAACCGCUAAGUUCUCCGGAGCCAACUGAUGAAACCAGCGACGUGCCAUCACAGGCCGAGCCCGGAGGCCAGGGGGAGAAGGCGGAGCUGAGCCCAGAGAGCAGUGACCGCAGCUUCACCUCUGAACCCCUAACCAGCUCUGACUCGCUGCUCCUCAAGAGCAGCAUGGGAGGAGGCAACGGAGUGGGAGGAGAUUUUGGGUGUAGUAGUGGACUGGGUGGAAAACCUGGUUUUAGUAUUUCUAGCUUCCUCAGCCCUAAAGUUUUUGGAAGUGCCGGGUCGGGGUUGGUUUCUGGAGAGGAUGACCUCCCCAACACAACAACUGGCGAUGCAGUAGCACAUCACUUCCUGCUCAGACAGGAGGCAGCUGGGCCAUCUGGCUCCACUUCUUCCUCCCUUCUGAAGGCCGGACCGCUCGGUGGAGAAAGUCGCAACGGUUUUGGAGACAACCUACAGGCCGAUUCUCUAUUCCUCCGUCCGCUGCAUGAUGGGUUAGGGGCCCCUAGAGGAAGUGCUAAUGGGGGGCGUGGAGGGAUGGAUCCCUUUGGUUUGGACUUCCAGCGCUCUAGUCUAGGGCUUCACUCCCUGGGGCGACCGUCCAGAGGAGCAGGGGGGGCUUGUACCACUGCACAAAAUUAUCCAGGCUACAGACGUAUCGCUCCGAAGAUGUCCAGCGGUAUGGGAGGAGAAGAAGGAGUAGGUGGUGUUCUCCAGGAUGCUGCCUCUUCCUCCUCAAGUCUGGCAAGUCCUCUGCUUUUAAAUGAGAGCGGGGGAUAUGAGAUGAAUAAUGGAAGACCCACCUCCCUCCCCCCGCAUCUGACCCGAGCUUCAGCAGACGUCCUGUCAAAGUGCAAGAAGGCUCUGUCAGAGCAUAAUGUCUUGGUGGUGGAGGGAGCGCGGAAAUACGCCUGUAAAAUCUGCUGCAAAACCUUCCUCACCUUGACGGACUGCAAGAAGCAUAUCCGUGUGCACACAGGAGAGAAACCCUACGCAUGUCUCAAGUGUGGGAAGCGCUUCAGCCAGUCGUCCCACCUUUACAAGCAUUGCAAGACCACCUGUCUGCGCUGGCAGAACAGUAACAUGUCCAAUGCCCUGCUGUAGGACUGAGGCCACUGCUUCCAAAGGGAGCCAGGCGACAAUAAUGGGCCACAUUUUAAGACUCCAUAAUGGUGAGAUUUUUCUGAUGUUGCGAAAGAACUGCAAGAAAGGAGAAACCAACACUGUUCCGUGGGUUUAUGUACUUAUAUAGACUGUAAAAAGACCAGAGGGACAUGCAAAGGUGCCACAUUUAUUGCCGUGGUUGCCUCGUAGAAAACAUAGAUGGACAAUAUACUCCCCUGUAAUCGUGAGGAUUUUCAGUGUCAGUAAAUGCAGCCCAUGACAUUAUUUUUAUGUUUUAUUUAGCGUAUUAUCUCCUGAACUAAGAAUCAUAUCUACAUUAGGAGCCGGUCUCUUUGACUGAAUUCAGUAUGAUGCAUUGUCAUGUUACUAGAAAUGCUGAGAACGCUCAAACCAGAGUUGGUUCGGCGAGAGUACCCCUUGUGUGUUAUGUUGAAGUGGCAGCUUGCAUUAGAUGGCGCAAACACACUAGUUGGAAAACAAAGAACAGGAGUAGGCUGAGUGGUUGCAGGGGUGCUGUCUAACCAUAUUGUGUUCUGAGAUGAUUGGAAACCUAUCUUUUGACAAAUGGAAAAUGUUACUCGUUAAGCAAGGGAGCGUGAAUCCUUGUUGUCAAAGUAGCAACACAAAAUCGUAAUGGUCUGCAAUCUCAAUACUAGAUGCCUCUAAAUCAGACACAGUGGUCUGUGCAAUUUGGAUAUGUUGAGGUGACUCCUUAAUGCUGAACAUGCAUUUGAAGCAGUGAGCAAAUCCUCCUUCACUGGUCUUUGCACCUUCUUUUGUGUUAUGAUGUGCAAGAGUUGGACUUUUGUUGACAUUUUAAAUGGUGUAAAAUCUGGCAUUUACUGACUGGGAAUGACCACAAGACUUUGGGCUUACCGUCCACACAUCAGGCAAGGUUCCAUGGACGCUGUUGUUCUUCUGUUUGCAGUUUGUGUGUUUAUAAAAAGGGUAAUGAAGUUGUGCUGAGAGGCAGAGCCGUCUGAUGAGUCCAGCACGUGUUGAAAAGGGCUUGAGAAAUGUAAAUAUUGCACUUUUGUUAUGGGUUUCCUCCUUUUCCUCUCGAGGGGAGGAAAAGAAGAUUUCAAAUACUGUGUUUAAGCUUGCUACUGUAACAUAUACGUGCUCUGUACAUGUGUCUUUUUACAUCUAAUGUUCCAUCUGUACAAAAGCACUUAGACAAAUCGUUCAUUUCUUAUAACUAAUAUGUUAACUGGAAUGUGGAUUUAUGUGAAAACAAAGCUGUAUGGAGACUGUCCAACUCCACCAGCUCUCGUGGGCUUGUUCUCCUUUACACCACCAUCGGGAUAUGAAAAGCAAUGCUCAGAAAUGAACUUUAAAUGUUCCUCUGUUAUUUGUUUUAUGUUCAUUUCAGGAGGUUUAGCUGAUUUUUAAUGUCAACCUGUAACUUGAUAAAUUAUGGUUUAGUGUGAAAUUGAAAAAGAAAGGAAUCCAAUGUUUUUUUCUCCAUAACCCCAGUUUCAAAUGCCUGGCUUCCUGUGGGCUCUAAAUGAGAGAGGCCUUUUUGGUAAACAGUUAAUUGAAAUCAGUGUUAUUGCUGUGUUGUAGAGUUCUGUUGAAGUGAACCAAAAUGAAAUGAAAACAUGUUUGCCUUUUUUGUAUACUUUUUUUGCUUACUGUAUUGUGUUUCCUACACUGUCAUUGCUUAAAUUUGCUAGUCAGCACCUUAUCUUACUGUACAGUCAAUACACUGUUAUCCCGUACAAAAUGACAACUCUAUUUGGCAUUCAUGUUGAAAGAUUACCUUGUUUUAAUUCAGAGAUGAAUUGCCUGCAAGUAUGUUUCUCACUGUACACACAAGCUGACCUACCAUCCACCCUGUAAAUGUGGACAUGAAUAACAGCAACGUCCUUGUAGCUUGGAAACAGAAUUUAAAAUAAUCCCUGAAGGUUAGAAGGUCUCUAAUCUUUUUCUGUGUUGCUUACUCACAUUCAGACUCCUGCAUUCUGUAAGGAUGGGCUCCUAAGAAUGCAGAUUUGUAAAGGGUGAAGGAAAGAUGUAGUCCACCAAAACGACUUCCACACAGUUGCCAGUUAAGGGUUAUUAUGGUGCUGACUUCUUUAGCUGCUGCAUAAACAAUGAAAAUGACUCUCUAAAAAAUGCACUGGUUGUACAAAAAUACCAAAAUGUUCAAAUACAUAAAAAGGCCUAAAUUGUUAAUAAACGUCACUGCCUUAUGCCCUCUAGCUUGAAAAGCUGGGCUUUUGUUGAUAUGCCAAAUUUGAUGUAUUUCUGUGUUUUUUUCUAAAUACCUAACAGUGUAACCAUGAGAGGAUUAAAUGUUUGUCUCUUUACUGUUGAAACCUAUGAAGAAUGUACAGUAUGUUCAGUUGUUGUAUAGGCUGAAUAAAAAACAAACAAUGAAAUUCA